GCCGAGAGGACAGGAGCGUGCGACCUGACAAAGAAUCGUCCGCAAUGGAAGCAGUUAAGGACGUGACGGAGACAGUGACUGUGGACCUGGGUGCACUCCUGGACGCCGGGGACGACGCCACGGUGAUACUCGAGGCAGGUGACACUCGGCUGGUGGCGCACAGGGCCGUCCUGGCGGACAGGAGCCCAGUGUUGACAGCCAUGUUCGCCCACGACACCCUCGAGAGGAGCACCAGCGUGGUGAGGAUUGCCGAUGUGGGGGGCCCGGUGCUGAGGCAGCUGGUCUCCUACCUGUACACCCUGCGGGCCCCCCAGCUGCCCGGCACGGCCCCCCAGCUGCUGGCCGCAGCGGAUAAGUACGGGGCGUCGGGGCUGAAGGCGGAGUGCGAGCGGCAGGUGGCCGCUCAGCUGACUGUCGAGACCGCGGCGGCCGCAGCCGUCCUCGGAGUCCGCCACUCCUGCAGUGACCUCAGGCGAGCCGCCAUCGAAUUUAUUAAGGCCUGUCCGUUCGAGGUGAUGGCCACUCAGGGGUGGGCAGAUGCGAUGCUUCAUCAACCUAAGGACUUGAUCGAAGUGAGCCGAUUGCUGUAUGAUCCACCACCAAAAAGCAGCGCACCAGUCGUUACGGAGCUGAGUACCACAACCAGAACCACCACCACCUCCGCCGCUGCCGCCACCUCUGCCAGCGCACUUCGCCAGACACCUGCUGCUGCGCAGCCCACGACUACUCAACCUGAUAAGGCCACUGUCUCUCAAAUGCGCGCACCAGUCGUUACGGAGCUGAGUACCACAACCAGAACCACCACCACCUCCGCCGCUGCCGCCACCUCUGCCAGCGCACUUCGCCAGACACCUGCUGCUGCGCAGCCCACGACUACUCAACCUGAUAAGGCCACUGUCUCUCAAAUGCGCGCACCAGUCGUUACGGAGCUGAGUACCACAACCAGAACCACCACCACCUCCGCCGCUGCCGCCACCUCUGCCAGCGCACUUCGCCAGACACCUGCUGCUGCGCAGCCCACGACUACUCAACCUGAUAAGGCCACUGUCUCUCAAAUGCGCGCACCAGUCGUUACGGAGCUGAGUACCACAACCAGAACCACCACCACCUCCGCCGCUGCCGCCACCUCUGCCAGCGCACUUCGCCAGACACCUGCUGCUGCGCAGCCCACGACUACUCAACCUGAUAAGGCCACUGUCUCUCAAAUGCGCGCACCAGUCGUUACGGAGCUGAGUACCACAACCAGAACCACCACCACCUCCGCCGCUGCCGCCACCUCUGCCAGCGCACUUCGCCAGACACCUGCUGCUGCGCAGCCCACGACUACUCAACCUGAUAAGGCCACUGUCUCUCAAAUGCGCGCACCAGUCGUUACGGAGCUGAGUACCACAACCAGAACCACCACCACCUCCGCCGCUGCCGCCACCUCUGCCAGCGCACUUCGCCAGACACCUGCUGCUGCGCAGCCCACGACUACUCAACCUGAUAAGGCCACUGUCUCUCAAAUGCGCGCACCAGUCGUUACGGAGCUGAGUACCACAACCAGAACCACCACCACCUCCGCCGCUGCCGCCACCUCUGCCAGCGCACUUCGCCAGACACCUGCUGCUGCGCAGCCCACGACUACUCAACCUGAUAAGGCCACUGUCUCUCAAAUGCGCGCACCAGUCGUUACGGAGCUGAGUACCACAACCAGAACCACCACCACCUCCGCCGCUGCCGCCACCUCUGCCAGCGCACUUCGCCAGACACCUGCUGCUGCGCAGCCCACGACUACUCAACCUGAUAAGGCCACUGUCUCUCAAAUGCGCGCACCAGUCGUUACGGAGCUGAGUACCACAACCAGAACCACCACCACCUCCGCCGCUGCCGCCACCUCUGCCAGCGCACUUCGCCAGACACCUGCUGCUGCGCAGCCCACGACUACUCAACCUGAUAAGGCCACUGUCUCUCAAAUGCGCGCACCAGUCGUUACGGAGCUGAGUACCACAACCAGAACCACCACCACCUCCGCCGCUGCCGCCACCUCUGCCAGCGCACUUCGCCAGACACCUGCUGCUGCGCAGCCCACGACUACUCAACCUGAUAAGGCCACUGUCUCUCAAAUGCGCGCACCAGUCGUUACGGAGCUGAGUACCACAACCAGAACCACCACCACCUCCGCCGCUGCCGCCACCUCUGCCAGCGCACUUCGCCAGACACCUGCUGCUGCGCAGCCCACGACUACUCAACCUGAUAAGGCCACUGUCUCUCAAAUGCGCGCACCAGUCGUUACGGAGCUGAGUACCACAACCAGAACCACCACCACCUCCGCCGCUGCCGCCACCUAUGCCAGCGCACUUCGCCAGACACCUGCUGCUGCGCAGCCCACGACUACUCAACCUGAUAAGGCCACUGUCUCUCAAAUGCGCAGUGCUGGCCAUAGGGAGGCACCCCCACAUCCCCACGAGGAAACGCCAGCCAGCUCACACCCUGCCUCUCUCUGUAUGUGCAGCGCACCAGUCGUUACGGAGCUGAGUACCACAACCAGAACCACCACCACCUCCGCCGCUGCCGCCACCUCUGCCAGCGCACUUCGCCAGACACCUGCUGCUGCGCAGCCCACGACUACUCAACCUGAUAAGGUCACUGUCUCUCAAAUGCGCGCACCAGUCGUUACGGAGCUGAGUACCACAACCAGAACCACCACCACCUCCGCCGCUGCCGCCACCUCUGCCAGCGCACUUCGCCAGACACCUGCUGCUGCGCAGCCCACGACUACUCAACCUGAUAAGGCCACUGUCUCUCAAAUGCGCGCACCAGUCGUUACGGAGCUGAGUACCACAACCAGAACCACCACCACCUCCGCCGCUGCCGCCACCUCUGCCAGCGCACUUCGCCAGACACCUGCUGCUGCGCAGCCCACGACUACUCAACCUGAUAAGGCCACUGUCUCUCAAAUGCGCGCACCAGUCGUUACGGAGCUGAGUACCACAACCAGAACCACCACCACCUCCGCCGCUGCCGCCACCUCUGCCAGCGCACUUCGCCAGACACCUGCUGCUGCGCAGCCCACGACUACUCAACCUGAUAAGGCCACUGUCUCUCAAAUGCGCGCACCAGUCGUUACGGAGCUGAGUACCACAACCAGAACCACCACCACCUCCGCCGCUGCCGCCACCUCUGCCAGCGCACUUCGCCAGACACCUGCUGCUGCGCAGCCCACGACUACUCAACCUGAUAAGGCCACUGUCUCUCAAAUGCGCGCACCAGUCGUUACGGAGCUGAGUACCACAACCAGAACCACCACCACCUCCGCCGCUGCCGCCACCUCUGCCAGCGCACUUCGCCAGACACCUGCUGCUGCGCAGCCCACGACUACUCAACCUGAUAAGGCCACUGUCUCUCAAAUGCGCGCACCAGUCGUUACGGAGCUGAGUACCACAACCAGAACCACCACCACCUCCGCCGCUGCCGCCACCUCUGCCAGCGCACUUCGCCAGACACCUGCUGCUGCGCAGCCCACGACUACUCAACCUGAUAAGGCCACUGUCUCUCAAAUGCGCGCACCAGUCGUUACGGAGCUGAGUACCACAACCAGAACCACCACCACCUCCGCCGCUGCCGCCACCUCUGCCAGCGCACUUCGCCAGACACCUGCUGCUGCGCAGCCCACGACUACUCAACCUGAUAAGGCCACUGUCUCUCAAAUGCGCGCACCAGUCGUUACGGAGCUGAGUACCACAACCAGAACCACCACCACCUCCGCCGCUGCCGCCACCUCUGCCAGCGCACUUCGCCAGACACCUGCUGCUGCGCAGCCCACGACUACUCAACCUGAUAAGGCCACUGUCUCUCAAAUGCGCGCACCAGUCGUUACGGAGCUGAGUACCACAACCAGAACCACCACCACCUCCGCCACUGCCGCCACCUCUGCCAGCGCACUUCGCCAGACACCUGCUGCUGCGCAGCCCACGACUACUCAACCUGAUAAGGCCACUGUCUCUCAAAUGCGCGCACCAGUCGUUACGGAGCUGAGUACCACAACCAGAACCACCACCACCUCCGCCGCUGCCGCCACCUCUGCCAGCGCACUUCGCCAGACACCUGCUGCUGCGCAGCCCACGACUACUCAACCUGAUAAGGCCACUGUCUCUCAAAUGCGCGCACCAGUCGUUACGGAGCUGAGUACCACAACCAGAACCACCACCACCUCCGCCGCUGCCGCCACCUCUGCCAGCGCAGUUUGCCAGACACCUGCUGCUGCGCAGCCCACGACUACUCAACCUGAUAAGGCCACUGUCUCUCAAAUGCGGAGCCUCUCUGCUAAGGAGAGGGGCAGGAGGCUGCUCCAGGCGGCUGACCGGGGGGCAGUGGGGCAGCUGAGGGCGCUGAUCGCCGCAGGGGCCCACGCAGAUGUGGCGGCUGCGCUGCUCGAUGCGGGGGCCGACAGGGGGGCCACAACUCGUCGUGGGCGGACAGCGCUGGACAUGGCCAGGCAGUACAACGACAGGCGGCUGGUGGAGAUGCUGUCAUGA